AUCUUGGAAUCGCGUAACAUAGCUAGGCCUUAAGCUAAAACGAGAUAGCCGGGACUGAAGUCUAUUUUAGAUUCACACUACAUGGCGGCGUACUAUACUGCUACAGUACAGUUCUAAAAUGUUUCGCCACCAUUUGUGGUUUUGUCUUGUUCGGGCAUCCAAAAGGCUAAAUGAGAUUUUAGCCACCGUGUGAGUUUUAUCUCGGUGUGACUAUGAUCUCAUUAGUAAGAGUCACAACAGACGGGACAGACGCAUUGUUCUGGCAGCUGUUGUUCACCCUUCAUCAUGUAUCUGUUACUCAAACCAGAAGACGUCUCAUAAUUGGUGUUAUAAAUAACCUCCAGCUGGCCAUAGUCAGCAUGUGUUAGACCUCAGCAUGCUGCUGUCUCCUCAGCCACCUCAGAGUGGAUUCAAUUUUUUAAAGAUGCUGGGAUCCCAGCCGGCCUUGCAGUCACGUAUGCAGUCUCCUUUGUGGACAACAGAAUCCACAAGAACAUGCUGAUGGACCUCAGUAAAGACAUCAUGAUGGACCUCGGCAUUACAGUCAUCGGCGACAUCAUUGCCAUUCUUAAACAUGCCAAGCUGGUCUACAGGCAGGAUAUGUGCAAAAUGGCUACAGAAGCCAUUUCCUCAGGACAGACCAGUGUGAAAGCUGAGCUCAGAAGAACUGCUAAUACUCCUGCCACUCGUAUGAUUGCCAACGCUUUGAGCCAUGACUCCCCGCCGGCCACUCCAGCCCGUCGACCUGACAACCGCCUGUCUGUCACAGUGUCAAACACGCAAGCAAACAAGAGUGUCAAAGCAGUUGUAAGUCAGCCAGCUGAUGAGGGGACCGGUGUGCCCGUAGUGAAGCGCCGGCGUGUCACAGCAGAGAUGGAAGGCAAGUACAUCAUCAACAUGCCCAAAGGCACCACGCCUCGCACACGCCGCAUCCUGGCCCAGCAGGCCAAGAAAGGUUUGAAGCGCACAUCUGUGUUCGAAAGACUUGGGGCUGAAUCGAAGGCAGACACAACAACAAGCAAUAUCAAGCCCACCGGCGUGUUCAGUCGUCUGGACAGAGGAGUGGAAGAGGAACACAGGCCGAAGCCAGGCAAAAUAACUGGAAACAUGGAUGUAGAUGACGAGGACGACAGUGACGAAGAAGGCUCCGUCCUCCAGUAUGCUGGCGUCCUCAAGAAACCACCUCCCUCCCAGAAGAAAGAGCCCGCCGCAAAGCCAGCCCCGACCACCCUGCGGCGCCUGGGGGGCAAAUUCAAACUACCUCCCCCUGACACUCCCACCUCCUCCUCUUCUCCUAAUGGCCUCCCCCCUGCCAAGAUUAGUGUGCUUCAGAGACUGGGCAAGCUCCCUGCCACGCACCAGAGCACGGCAGUGUCAUCCACGCCUGCUGACACGCAGGACAACAGGGUGACCACCAGCACCAGGCCCAGAACCCAGCAGAGACUGACCAUAGCAAGCCCCAAGGUCAGCAGCAGCACCGGGUCAGGAGGAGGAGGGGAGUCAAUGGGUGCCCAGAUGGACGUAAGAGCUGUCAGUGUUUUUAAGAGACUGGGGAGCAAGAAAACCUAACACAUACUGUAAACCCCUAAAAAUUAUUUAGACUAUUUCUAUACCAAGUCUAGAACAAGAAUUUGUAUCACCACCUUUUUGCGUUUAUACAUGACUGCAGAUUGGAGUGUUUUUUUUUUGUUUUGUUUUUUUUCCUGUCCUUCACUCCGCCUGAGUGUCAGGGUGCUUUUAAUGCUGCAUUGUGGCUUUAGGGUUACUCUUAAAUGGAAUUAGAUGAAUUUUGUCAUGCUGCCAUUGGAAAAUCCACUUUGUUUCAUGUCCAAGCUUUUAAUUUGAGUUGCUCAACCAGAAAGCCACGUGUCAUAGCCACUCGGUCAUAUCUGCCGUUUAUCAUUUUUAUAAUAUAUAUAUAUAUAUAUAUAUAUCUCAGUAUGUUUGUGAUCUUAAGGCAUGAGCAUGAUGUCAACAAGGCUGCCAUUAUGGUGGUUUUUAUUUUACCCCGUAACUCCACAUAGAAGGAUGCUGCUGCCUCAACUUCCCCUUUAUUGAGUCUUUGUCAAUGAAUGCAUAUGAGUAGUUGAAAAUGUUCCUCCUUCCAAGAUAAAUAAUGUGCUGUUUGUUUGCCUGAAAGGGAAUUAUCUUCUUUUUAAAAACAAUUUUGAUGUAAGAGGUACAGAUAGAUGUUCUUUCACACCUCAGGCAGUUUACUUUUUGAGUUAAAAAAGAACUGGACGGCGGUCAUUCGUCAUGCUAGCUAUGAGACUAUGGUUACAGCUUUGUCUUUCUUGUCGCCUCUGCCACCUCAAAAUUACCUCUUCUAUCAUGUUUUGAAAGUAGAAAAUGUCUUUCAAUUUCAGUGAGUUAAAACAAAAAAAAUCAUUUAAAUGGCUACACAGAACGACCUCCUUGAGCAGGUGACUCGACGAGAGCGCCCCGCCUCCUCUUCUGCUGCGAUUUGUGGGGUACAAGUUCACACCUGUGAACUUAACACGACCAUUUCAGCGUUUCUACCGUAGUACUGAACGUUUUCUAUGACCACCUACUUGAAGGCCAGAUCAGUAGAAUAUUGUUUAUAUUUUGAAAUGAAAUGUAUAGAUUUGUUAGACUUGAUUUCAGACAACCCAGAUCCUGUUCUGCUGCACAUUUUUUAAUGUGGACACUGUGUCCUGUAAAGAAACUCAGAGAUGCCAUCGCACCUAGUGUCAGGGGCCACUGUAGCUCUCAGUGCGUAGUUCACCUUUACCAGUAUGGGUCAUUAGCACCCAUCUUUAAGGCUUCACACCACUGUUUUGUUACACUGUAAAUAUUUGAAAUGUUUAAAAUCACAUUGAAGAUUUUUUUUUUUGUUGGUUUUAGAAAACAAAGAAGAGCAAAACACACCAUGAGCUGUCGUGUUUUUUAAUGAUAUUGAGGACAAAAGUUAAAGUGUGCUUGGAAAACAAUUAAAAGAAAAAAGUGUCCCAACAU